AUUAGAGAAUACAGCUAAAUGUGUAGUUGAGCGCGUACGAAGAGUACAUGUCACAAACAGUGAAGAAGGGAAACUCUUUCAUCUAUAUAAAGACACAGAGAGAGGUCUUUCUUCCUCACAAGUCAUACCACCAAACUUCCAUUUCAGCUCUAUCUCUCUCUUGUUCGAGAUCCUUCUUCUUCUUCUGCAAAUCCAUCACCUGAUUCUCAAGUUAUCAUCGACCAUGAUCUCUGUCGUAAUCCUCGCCGAGCUAAUGGUGGAGUACACAUCAGCUAUCGCUAAACUCACCGUGGGGAUGCUUCCUAGACGGCAAGGCGGCGACAGCAACGUCGUAAGAGUUGGCGGUUUCAUCUUGCCUUGUCCUUCUCCCACGGGUACUAACCGGUCGUCGCCGUUCCCUGACUUUUCUUCUCAUCUCGUAGACUUCUGAUCUGCUUGAAGACCUUUCAGAGACUUUGUUCCGGAUCUUCUCAUCAUUCUUGAUCUAAUCAAAAAGUGACGGCUGAGUUUUUUUCCACUGAGUGUAUCUCUGCCUCUCUUUUCUCUAGAUUGUGAUGAAUCGUGUAGAGCUUUGUAAAUUUUUGUAUCGAAAUAUAAUAGAAAGUUAUAUAUCUUUGAUGAACU